CUCCCUACUGAAGCUGCUACCCCCGCGACCCGACCCCGGAUAAGCGGAAGAAGACGGACGGACGGCCCACUGAGUGGGUCAGUUCAAUGGUGGCGGUCUCUUGGGGAGAUAAGUUAAGAAUUUGCAUAGACCCCAGUGAUCUAAAUAAAGUAAUCAAAAGAGAACAUUACCCCAUGCACGCCAUUGAAGAGUUUGUGUCAUCUGUGCCUGGAGCACAAAUAUUCUCAGUCCUCAAUGCCAAGUCGGGGUACCUACAGAUUGAGUUAGAUGAAGAAUCAUCAUUCCUGACAACUUUCAACACGGCCAUUGGUAGGUUUAGGUGGUUGAGGCUACCGUUUGGAAUAAAAUGUGCCCCCGAGAUCUAUCAGAGGAUCAUGGAUGACAUGCUAGAGGGCAUUACAGGAGCAGUGGCCAUUACGGAUGACAUCUUGAUUGCGGCCCCCACUGUUGAGAUGCAAGAUGAGAUCUUACACAAAGUCAUUGAGAGAGCAACAAGCUCCAACUUAAAGCUUAAUUUCGAUAAGUGUCGCAUUCGGCAGAGCCAAGUCCCAUAUGUUGGCCAUUUACUGACUGCUGACGGCCUGAAGCCUGAUCCAGCCAAAAUCCAAGCAGUAAGGGACAUGCCAGAACCUACAGACAAGGAAGGAGUUUGCCGCUUUUUGGGGUUUGUGACUUAUUUGUCAAAAUUCAUACCAAAUCUCAGUGACGAAGAUGCACCACUGCGUUAGCUUCUGAAAGGCAAUGUGGAGUUUGCGUGGCAACCGGCUCAGAAAAGAGCUUUUGCAAGGCUCAAAGAACUGUGCUCACACCCCCCUGUACUUAAGUACUACGACCCAUCAGAACCAGUUGAGAUCUUCUGUGAUGCAAGCAGCAGUAGAUUAGGUGCUGUGCUCUUGCAGGAUGAUCACCCAGUUGCAUUCUCCUCAAGGUCUCUGACCGAUGCGGAAACCCGCUAUGCGCAAAUAGAAAAGGAGAUGCUUUCUAUUGUCCAUGCAUGUACAAAAUUUCAUCACUAUAUUUUGGAAAGUCAGUCACGGUGUAUAAUGACCAUAAACCACUUGAGGACAUUUUUAACAAAUCUCUGCUUUCCACCCCAUGCGCAUACAGAAGAUGCGCCUGCGAAUCCAGUGGUAUGAUGUGACUGUGAAGUACAGGAAAGGGAAAGAUAUGGAACUGCCUGACACACUGUCCAGAGCACAACUGACACACAAUACUCCAGAAUUGGAACAGUUGGAAUGUGUUUCCAUGCUGAACUUUGUGGCUGUAAGUGAAGAAAAGUACGCUGAGCUACAAGAAUACACAAAAAAAGAACUGAGCUCCCUACAACACAUCAUUCAGCGAGGCUGGCCGGAGCACAGGAGAGAGGCCCCAAUGACUGUUCAGCCAUAUUGGGACUCAUAAGUCAACUGACCAUAUGUGACGGAGUAGUGUACAAAGGGAUGCGUAUAGUAAUACCACCCACUAUGAGACAGCACAUGUUAAAACUCAUUCACCAGUUGCAUUUAGGAAUUGUGAAAAGCAAGCAGAGAGCACGGGAAGUGCUCUACUGGCUGGGCAUGAGUGCAGAGAUAGAGGAGGUAGUGAAGGAUUGCAGCAAAUGUGCCGAGUUUCAAAACAAACUACCAAGGUUGCCUCUAAAGCCAACGGAAACCCCAGAAUUGCCAUUUGAGCUAGUGGCUUCUGAUAUCUUUGAGUUUGAGGGCAAGCACUUGAUUCUUCUAGUGGAUUACUUUUCCAAAUUCAUUGAAGUGGAUGAGCUCAAGGAUCAGCGAAGCUGCACCACCAUCGAAAUGCUGAAGUCACAGUUCAGUCGACAUGGGAUUCCUACUGUCUUACGAACUGACAACGGGCCCCAGUAUGUGUCAGAGGAGUUUAGAGACUUUUGUGAGAACUAUGGCAUAUCACACCUCACAUCAUCACCUCACACACCUCACUCAAAUGGAGAGGUCGAACGAGCAGUACAAACAGUUAAAAGACUGUGGAACAAAGCUUCAGACAAACAUCUGGCAUUGCUUGACUAUAGAACAACUCCACUAGAGACAGUGGAGUUGUCUCCAGCGCAGCUGCUCAUGGGCAGAAGACCCAGAAACAAACUCCCUGCAGCUCAACAACUGCUUGUCCCAAAGGCCUACAACUCUUUGAAAAUCAGACAGCUUCUCAAUAGGUCCAAAGCAUCCCAGAAGUACUACUAUGACAAAGGCAGGACAAUGGACGCUCGCUCUGCGCCGGUACUAGGGGAAGAAGUCAGAAUGCAGCCCUACCCUGGCCACUCCAAGUGGUCUCCAGCUGUUGUCAUUCAGCAUCAUAGCAGCACACCCAGGUCUUACAUUGUCAAUUCUGGUGGCAAGGAGUUCCGCCGGAACUGUCAGCACCUUCGCAAAAGCACUGAAAAAGCGAAUCAGUCACGUCACCUCGUGCCAGAUGAGCCCUGGGAGGAGUUCCCUGAUGUCCUACCAGAACAAAGAGAAUUGAGUCCUUCCCUAGUUGAGUCUUCAGCAUCACCUGCCAAGGAACCCUUGAAUGUGGGUCAACCACAGCCCUCUCGGCUUUACACCACUAAGCUUAGCAGAGUAGUUAGACCUCCCGAGAAACUGGAUUUGUAGUUGCUGCUUGUCAUGAGUUAGAUGAGUUCAGUAGUGAAAUGAGCCUGUAGGCUCAACUGUUUGUUGAUAGCUUUCAAUAUUUGGUAAUAGACUCAAGUUACUCCUGAAUAGUUAAAGAAAAUGUCAAUUGUAGUGUUUUUGUUUUUUUUUUGUUUUUGACUUGACACUAAUAAGUUGGAAGGGUCUUGAAUAUUGUUUAUUUUUGGCUUUUAAAUUUGUGUAAGAAACCUUCAGUUAUUUAAUCUGCUAUGGAGUCCCCACAAAUAAGCUGAAGAAAGGGAGAUGUAAUGUAUUGGUGUGCCUCUAGGGGCGCUGCAUGUUCUCUGUACCUGUUGGUUAGCAGCAGUCACCAACAAGGAAGUUAAUGUCCUGUGUUUUCCAGUAAACGAGUUACCGAGCAGCCAUUGUUGCGGUCUUUAUUGUUGUCUCCAGUAUCUUACAAUUGAUUUUACCGAGAAAGGGUUAGUUGACGAGCGUUACGGUUGUCCGAACCCGCCAAAUCAAAAUGAUUUCCACAAAGAGCUAACGGUGAUACAGCCUGAACCGGCCAGACCACAAACGUCCCGUGAAGCAAGAUUGAGUAUAACUAGUAAGAGGCUCCAAGCAAAAAUAGCUGCUCAGAACACAUCAACACCGAAGCCGCAGAGAACUGAAGAACAUGAUGGGUCAGUUAUUGUAAUAAGUUCUCCAGAGACACCAGAGCAACACGCUCGCUUCUCCGAGGAAUCUCCCCGGCUCACCACAUCAGACGGCCUCCCUCGACGCUUCCCGCAGCACGUAAAGCCGGGCAUACACUGUACGAGUUUUUCAGUCGUGGUACUUAUAUA